AUGUACCGGUACCUGCCCGGGGCCGGAACCGAUACCGGUAUAUAUAUCGGAGCUUUCGUUCGCCACUUGCACUUGCCAGCGGAUGGUAGUGGUGACAAUGUCCAUCGGCGACGAGGUACGGACGGGGAGCUCCUGCCGCAGGACGACAUCGCCGGGUUGACGCGCGUGCUCGCCGCCUCGCUGGUUGCCGCCACCCUCGUGAUCUGUGCGCGAAGACUGUACGUGCGGAAGUUCGUCGUGAAGUGGUUUGGGCUGGAUGAUUGGAUGGUGGUCGUCGCGAUGACCUUCGUCUGCCUCUUUGGUACAUUGAGUGUCGUCAUCACCUACUAUGGCAUGGGCAAACAUUUCUGGAACGUCUCCCCGAGAGAUUUAGCGGUCUUGUUCAAGAUCGACUACGUAGCGCACUGCAGCUACCUCUACAUCUCACUCUUCAUCAAGAUCAGCCUGCUAGUCUUCCUGAAGCGCUACUUCCCGGACGAGUACAUCCAGCGCACCAGCCGGGGACUGAUAAUCUUCCUGACGGUAUUCACCGUCAGCAGCGAGCUGGCAAUAGCCUUCCAGUGCACGCCGGGGUUGACGAUGUUCGUGACGGACGUGGUGAUACCGGUGUUGCCGAUGCAGCCGCUGUGGAGGCUGCGGGUGCCGCUGCGGGAGCGCCUGCCGCUGAUGGGAUUGUUUUUGCUGGGAGCCGUGGCCUGCGCAGCGAGUCUGAUACGCUUCACGACGCUGGUGUAUACCAAAGACGAGGUCGACGGGACUUACUUGAUGGCCAAGAGCGCCAUCUGGGCAAACGUCGAGUUCUGCUUCGGACUGGUCGCCGGCUCGAUACCGAGGAAGAAGAAGGACGGGGAGCCGGGGGUGGGGCUGCGGGUGGCCGCGUGGAUGCAUCGUCCUCCUCCGCUGCCGCCGCCGCCGCCCGCUGGUGUACUAGACACACAUACAAAGACGUACGGUCGCGGACUGGAUGCGGAUGCGGAUGCGGAUGCGGAUGCGGAAUAG